GAAGCCUCCCUCCCUCCCUUUCUCUCCGGUCACCGGCGGUGGCCGGACACCUUGGGGACCGUCACAUGCUCCGCUUUUCCUCCAUGCGUCACCACCGAUCGCCACCACUUGGUGCCGCUCACCUCCUCUCACCAUCUCGGUACACUUACCCCACCUUCCUUCCGCCACUCGUCUCCUUCAGCUCAGCUUCUACAAGCUUUCCCCAUCUUCUUCUUCUCUGAGAUAAGAGUUUGACGGUCUACCAAACUCCAAAACCACCCAAGGAUUGCGUCUUUCUUCUCCUGUGCUUCUUUAUUGGCAUGGGUUUCAUCGUCGAAUUUAGUACUUCGUGGGUGCCGAUGCUUGUGAUGAUCUUUUACGGUGGCGUGUUCUUUUCCCCUCUUUUCAGGGGAUCAUUGCGGCGGUGGAAGGGGCUUUCUCGGCUUCUUGGAUGGUUCUUGUUGAUGCUUUGCUUGUCGAUUGUGUUUGGCACAUCGGUCGACGAUGCUUGUGGUUUCUGCGCGGAUGAUUCGCCCCGGGAUGUCUGCUCCGGGUUUUCUGCUUCCUUGUGGUUCCCUUCCACCCUGAUGGGUUUUGGCUUCCGGGGAGAGGACAGCUAUCGAGGACCUGGUUUUGUAGCUCGGGCGGGCGGCUCCGGCUCGGAGUGGCGACCGGCCAAUGUCGCAGCUUUCAAGAUGGCCGAUGGGGGCGUCGUUUCAUGUCGUCUGGUGGAUACCGUGGGCGCGACAGAUGAUGACGGGCUGAGCUCUGGUGGGGAGAAUAGCGCCGCGGAUGAUGUCGCGUCGUGUGUAGCUCCGCUUGUUCCCGAUGCUUGGAUGAGGACGUCGAGUGGGAUCACUGCCGACCUCGAUUCCGGCAUUCUCAAUGGCUCUUCGUCUCUGAAUGUGGAGGUCAGUCCUCCUCUUCUGGAAUGGGGGGAAAAUACUUUGUACACCCCUUCGAUUGCGUUAUUGACAGUGAAGAACACCUACAAGAAUGGUGAUUUGCAUGUUCACGAACCCUUUAGUCCCGACCCCCAGUACUACGCCUUUGGUUUCAGAAAGCUGACACUGGCACCUGGUGAAUCUGCUUCCAUUGCCUUCGUUUUCUUGCCAAGAUGGUUGGGUUCAUCAUCAGCACAUCUCGUCUUGCAGACGAGCUUCGGGGGAUUCAUAAUUCAAGCUAGAGGAGUGGCUGUCGAGUCCCCUUACAAGAUAGAGCCUGUGAUAGGAAUUGGUGUUCCUUCCAGGAGAAGGCUGAGUAGGAACUUCUCGUUAUACAAUCCGUUUACUGAUGCCAUUCAUGUGGAGGAAGUGAGUGCAUGGGUUUCCUUAUCUGGACAUUCCAACCAAUCUGUGCAUGUUGUUUGUGGAAUGGAUCCAUUGCAGCACUCAUCAGCUAAGUCCGAUUACCUUUUAUCUGAUGCUGAAUGGUUCAGAGUGGAGAGUAGUAAGUCGGGAAUCGGAUGGCUAGACAUUAGACCCCACAAGCAAUGGAAAGUGUCUGCUCAUAAGACUGAGCCAAUCCUAGAGAUGAGAUUGUGGCCUUAUGCAGAAGGAAUGAUUCUUGGGGCUAUCUGUUUAAAAAUGCAAAGUUCCACACAAGAUAGAACGAGUACUGUUGUUCUUCCCCUUGAGCUAGAAGUGCAUCGGCACACAAAUUACAGCGAUUUAAGUGGUUCAGUUUCUGUAGAUAUUGAGUCUUGUGGGACCUGCAAUGGAAGGCAGACAGUCCUCAUCAUCUCUUUAACAAAUGAUGGGGAAGACCUACUUAGUUUGGUUAAUGUUAGUGAGAGUACAAAGAGAUCAAAGCUUUUCAAAGUCAGAUACAACAAAGGGUUAUUACUUUUUCCUGGGACUUUCACAAGAAUAGCUUUGAUUAGUUACUCUUGUUCCAUUACUCCACAGUACCUUCUCCCUGACAUUCCUACUGAAGUUAUGGAAUGUAAACUACUAAUAGAAACAAAUGAUUCUGUCAGCCCAGUAAUCAAGAUUCCAUGCCUGGACUUGGUAUAUGCUAAUUCUAAUAAUGAACAUGGCUCAGGCAUCAAUGUGUCAGAUAGCUCAUAUAUUAGCGGGCUAUCGCGUAACGAGGAGGGAAAACAUACAUAUGCAAUAGCAGGAUGUUCACAAAGCCUUGCUGAUGCAUCAUUUCCCAUGAAGCCAAAACUCAUGGAAGCAUUUAAAGCAGAUGAGCUGAUACUUAGAAACUGGAGAUCCCAAGGCCGUGUAACUGAUGUUUCUGUCCUUGAAGAACAUGAGCUGACGUUUCCAGUUGUUCCAGUUGGCACCCAUUUCUCGAAGUGGAUCUCUGUUCACAAUCCUAGCCAACAAGCUGUUAUAAUGCAAUUUGUGCUGAACUCAGGGGAAGUCGUCGACAAGUGCGCAUCUGCUGAUGAACUACACGAGCAUACAUUCUUGAGUAGGGUUUCUGAGAUUGACUCUGUAGAAACUAGGAUAGGAUUCUCAAUGUCCGAUUCAGCAGUAACAGAGGCCUUUGUACAUCCUUGUGACAGUGCAUUGUUUGGGCCAGUUGUCUUUCGUCCCUUGAAUAGAUGUAUGUGGAGAAGCUCAGGUUUGUUACGGAAUAAUCUUUCUGGUGUAGAAUGGUUUCCUAUUCGAGCAUUUGGUGGGUCACAUUUACUCAUCCUUCUGGAGGAUUCUGAACCAGUCUGGAAGCUGGAAUUCAACUUUCACUUGCCAACUAACAGGCCCUCUGCAGAUCUUUUUUCCCAUAUUGAGAACACUAGUUCUUUAUGCAAUCAUCGGUUGUCCAAGGAGAUUUAUGCCAAAAAUAUAGGUGAACUUCCUCUUCAGGUGAAGAAAAUAAAAAUUUCGGGAACUGAUUGUGCUUUGGAUGGGUUUAUGGUACACAGAUGCAAAGGUUUUGCUCUAGAACCAGGGGAAUCAAUGAAACUGCUAAUUUCAUAUGAAGCAGACUUUUAUACAGAUAUUGUUUACAGGGAUCUCGAGCUAGCAUUUGCUACUGGCAUCUUUGUGAUACCUAUGAAGGCAAGCCUUCCAGUUCAAAUGCUCAACAUUUGCAGGAAAACAUUUUCCCGGACAGUGCAUUGGAAAGUGCCUCUACUCAUAUUUGCUGCUGUAUCUAUAUUUCUGUUGCUGACCCGCAUUAUUCCAUACUCCUUUUUACUGGAUACUGAAGAAUAUUAUGUCAAUGUUGAUGACACCAUAAAUGCCACGAACAAGGCAGGAAAAACUUCUUGUCUUCACCAUACCACAAAAUUCUCCAGAUCAUCUGACGAAGAUGAGAACCCUAAAUCUGAAUUUGUCGAUGAGCAUCAGAUAUGUCAGAAUGUUGUUCUUGACAGUCCUAAAAAGAGGCAAGACAAGCAAGAUUUUGUGCAUCAGAAGGAAAUCACGUUCUCACCGCCGGCAUUAACAACAAAACCUGUAGAAGUAUUUGACAAGCACAAUUUGUUAGAAGCUCCACAAAGUGGUAGUCUCACUAUAAGAGUUGUUAAGGAAAAAGGGAGAAGAAGAAAGAGGAGGGCCAUCGGAACCGGAUUAGCAGCAAAACUGGAAGUCGCUGGUGGUCAGAGUGGGAAUUCUACACCAACGUCACCGUUGUCCCCAAAUGUCUCGACUCCAAAGCAACCAUGGUGUCUUUCUCCUGAAAGCGACAGCAUUCUAAAUGCUGGAUUAUCGUCAGAACAGAAGCAUCAGAGGACACAUGAUGCAGUAGACACUUUGGGGACGAGAGUAUCAGAAACCGAGAAGCACUACGAAAGGUCUUCGAUGAUGCCUAGUCGAAAGCAGUAUCCGAUAACUCCAAAAUUGACUGGGAAGCAAACUACAUCACCUUCUGUUGAUUUUCUGCAAUCUGUCUCGAAUGAACCUUUUGUGCCUGCUUCAAGUGUCUCGGACGCACAUUCUCCAAUUGCACCACAUGCUCGUGCUCCAGGACCCAGGAGCCACAAGAACAAAUCCAUAGUAAUGGAGAUGGGAAAUGAUGGGGUUGGAAAAGAGUACACCUAUGACAUAUGGGGAGAUCAUUUUUCAGAUAGUUUCAUGAUUAGGAAACCCAGGAUGGUUGAUGCUUCGGAAGGUGACUCACAGAGUUUCUUUGCAAGAGAUCCUCUGUCCCUGAUGAUGACGCCAUCAACAUGGUAUGUAUCUCCUGGGCAAAAGUUAUCUGAUACUGUUAAGUUGCCAUGAUCAAAUAAAUUAGGAAAGUUCUUUCACA